AACUGACCCUUGGCAUCGUCGAGAUUCUCGCGAGACGUAAUAAAUUUAGAACCCAAUUCAAUCCGAGCAAAUUAAUCGAAAAAGCGCAAACUCGUCUCCGCGAGCAUACGUCUUUUGACUGUUUGUUGUAUGUACAUAUACGAGUAUAUCGCCGCCGUCUGGAAUGGUUUACGAUUUUGCAGCCACCUUCUGCCACACCCCGAUCAAACAUAUUCGCGCCUUUAAUUUCGUACACAUACAAUGUGAUUAAAAGCGAAUAAAGAGAAGUCCACACAAGGUUACCGAUGCGCGUUCGUCAUACGGUCAGAAAUCGAUCGCAAACGAAAUUUCUCGUCGGAAAAUGGGGCUGCUUUUUACGUUCGAAUAUUCUUGUUGUCUCCACAUGAUAGCCAGUUCGAAAGAUGCGCGUACGGUAUCCCUGUGCUCUAUAAAUAUCAUUCCGUUAUGUAAAUAUGGGCUUAAAAUAAAAAUAAAAAAUUAACAAGUGCGUUGUUUUCGCGUCACUAUGUGAUCUAACUCGGAUCACGGAUUCAUUCCCAUCGGCCGUAUACACAACUCGUACGACCGAAGCGCCGAUAUAUUUCCAUCAAUAGUUUCACACGAUAUGUCCAUGAAGAUGACAUGCUACAAACCAUCAAUGCUAGAAGAAGAUGUAAGUAGCUUGGGAUCGAUACAUUUAUCCGAAGGCGUGUCUUCCACAGCAACACACAUACGUUACCAUAGCGGACCGUACGAAAUGUGUUAUAUAGAAAACGUAGGCUUAUCUAACAGAAAGAAAAAAACAAAAUGGACUUCAGAGCUUUGUCUGAUGCUAUCUAAACCUUGCGCUUUCUGGAAAUGGAAAAACCGGCCAACGUUGGAUAGAAGGAUGCUUUUAUUUUUAGGCGGCAUUUUUCUAACAUUGUUUUCCAUUAUUGUGAUUACUUUAUUAGCCACAACAUCGAAUGAUGAACCAAUUUACGUUCCUUAUUUUAAAGUUCCAGCAGGUUGGCAAGACGAGUAUUGUUUCUCGGAAAAAUGUAUCCAUACAGCUUCCUAUAUGUUAUCUUCAAUGAACCAAAGUAUUAGUCCAUGUAAUAAUUUUUACGAAUUCGCUUGCGGCCGUUGGGUACUCUCGAAUCCUAUACCAGAAGGCAGAUCGAUAUGGGGAAUGUUCAACCAAUUAGAACAAGCAAAUCAAUUAGUGAUUAAAAAUGUAUUAGAACGUGAAAAUUUUGCCAAAACCGAAUGCGAAGCAGAGCAAAAAGCAAGACGAUAUUAUUUAUCUUGUCUCGAUCCGAACGAAACUACUGAAAAAUUAGGAGCAACGCCGAUGAUAAAUUUAUUAAAAGAGAUCGGAGGCUGGAACGUGAUCGAUCAAAAUUUCGAUAUAGAAAACUGGGAUUAUCAAGUGACGCUGGAAAAAUUACAAAAUAAUUACAGUCUUGGCGGACUUUUCUUUUGGGUUGUGGCUGAAGACGAUAAAAAUUCAUCUGGAUAUAUAAUACAGAUCGAUCAACCAGCGUUGACAUUGCCUUCUAGUGAAAAUUACAAUAAUAUUACGAAUAAUACGAAAUUAUUUAACGCUUACUUGGAUUACAUGACUACGGUAGGUACGUUGUUGGGUGGUGAACCGAAUUCGACCCGGUCUCAAAUGCAAGAUGUAAUAUAUUUCGAAACUAAAUUAGCCUCUAUAAUGGUGCCAGACGAGGAGAGACGAGACGAAGAGAAAAUAUAUCAUCGUAUGACCAUUUCAGAACUUCAAAGCAAAGCACCAUUUUUGAACUGGGAACAAUAUUUUACCAACGCUUUCCAACGUAUAAAUCGAACAGUAACUAAAGAUCAAUUGGUUGUAAUUUAUGCAGUCGAGUACAUGAAGGAACUUGAUAAAUUCUUGAAAGACUACAUCGGCCAAAAUGAUAAUAAUAAAAGAAUUCUACACAACUAUUUAGUUUGGCAAGCGGUCCGAACUAUGACCGGAUACCUAUCGAAACCGUUUAGAGAUUCGUACAAAGGAUUACGUAAAAUAUUAUUUGGAUCCGAAGGAUCUCUGGAGAGCUGGAGGUAUUGCAUUGCUGAUACAAACAACGUACUGGGAUUUGCUGUAGGAGCACUUUAUGUUCGGGAAGCUUUUCAUGGAAAUUCAAAACCCUUGACGUUUGACUUUUCGUUUACCCAGGCUAAAAAAAUGAUCAACGAUAUUCGGGAUGCUUUUAAACAAAAUUUCGAGAAAUUAAGAUGGAUGGAUUUGCAGACGUUGCUUUUGGCUAAAAACAAAGCGGAUUCGAUAACUGAUAUGAUAGGUUUUCCUGAUUAUAUUCUUGAUCCGAAAGAGUUGAAUAGUAAAUACGAAGGACUUGAUAUCAAAGAAGAUGAAUACUUUUUGAAUAACAUUCGCAUCAAUCAAUUUCGAAUAAAAGAAAAUUUAGAAAAAUUGGACCAACCAGUGAAUAAAUCAAAAUGGCUAAUGACACCUUCAACAGUUAACGCUUACUACUCGCCAAACACCAAUAGAAUCGUUUUCCCCGCUGGAAUCUUACAGGCGCCAUUUUACGAUCAAGAUCAGCAACUAUCGCUGAAUUAUGGCGCAAUCGGCGUCGUAAUGGGGCACGAGUUGACGCACGCUUUCGACGAUCAAGGACGCGAAUACGACAGUAAUGGUAACCUGAACCGUUGGUGGAAGAACAUAACCAUAGAACGAUUUAAAAAUGCUACUCAGUGUGUUAUAAAUCAGUAUUCGGAUUUCCAUGUAAAUGGUAAAUACAUCAGCGGAGUGAGAACUUUAGGUGAAAAUAUCGCUGAUAAUGGAGGAUUGAAGGCAGCCUAUCACGCUUAUCUCAAAGUAAAUAAAGAAAACCCUAAAGAAUUCGCUUUACCGGGUUUGAAUUACACCCAAGAUCAAUUAUUUUUCAUCAGUUUCGCUCAGGUAUGGUGUUCUGCCAGUACAAGCGAAGCUAUAGCUUUACAAAUCGACAAAGAUACUCACGUACCUUCGGAGUUUCGCGUGAACGGACCUUUGCAAAAUUUACGAGAAUUUUCCGAGAUCUUCCACUGUCCGCUUGGCUCUGAAAUGAAUCCGAAACUAAAAUGUGAAAUAUGGUGAAUUAAACACAUUGAAAUCUUUACAGUUACCAAUUCGGGUAUCCGGCCCAAUAAAAAUAUGGAAGAAGGAAAGCUUAUAUAUUUAAGAGAAAACAAAAAUUACCUACCGAUGUAAUGUAAAAAUCGACGCUACCUAUUUCAAUUUUUUUUCAACAUAUCACUCAACAUAAAAAUCAUCUCGAGAGACCUUUCUCGUUAUUUCGAAGUGUGAUAAAUGUACCUAUAAAUUGUAAGAAGGAUAGGUACCUAAAGAUGAUGAAAAUAAUUCUAUACGUCUGUUUGAGUUGGACCUGGAAAAAGAUGAAUGAAAACCGAGUCGAUGAGUAGGUGAGGUAAAUUUCCAUUAUACUGGGAACGAUGUAAAGAAACUAAUAAAAUGUGGUGAAUUUAUGUUAUGUUAUGUCAUGUCAUGUCUGCCUGAAAAGCUGGCCAAUAUUUUCAGGGUCUUUCCUGUUGAUUUUUAUCGUAUACCUACUUUAAAAUAUUAUUUUGAAAAUAAUCUACCCCGUGCCUUAUCAUCAUUUUCGCCGCAGGUUAUUUACAUCAUUCUACUAUUACAAAAUAUACCUACUUAAUAAUUAUGUAUGUGUACAUGGCAUAUCGAUCGUGUUUUUAAAAAAAACGUACAAAUUUUGAUGUCUUAUGUUUUUUUUUCAAUUAUUCCUAAUUAAACUGUAUACUUGGCAUCUUU